AUGGGAGGCGGAAAAUAUCCGGACGCAGCGGACCCCCGCGCCAACCCCUGCCUGGCCUGGCUGGCUGGCUGGCCUGCUUGUCUGCUGUUGUUUGGUGGUUGCCCGCCCCUCUCUCGCUCGCAAAUACAUAGCAACCACCAACAAGUACAUGUACCCUCGAGACAUAUUCCUCUAUCCAUACCGCCUCUUCCAACCGCCCGCAGCCAACCCCCCUCAGAUUCUCUACAGCCUGAUGCUCAUUGCCUCGCCAUGGCUCCGCUUGACGAGCAAUGGGUCAAGGUCCAGCAGAAGACCUUCACCAAAUGGCUUAACAGUAAACUCAAAGCCGUCAAUGUCGAAGUCAAGGACUUGAUAACCGAUCUAUCGGAUGGUAUCGCACUCAUCCAUUUGCUCGAAACCCUCAGUAAUGAAUCUCUUGGCCGCUAUGCCUCACGUCCCAAGCUCCGCGUUCAAAAAUUCGAAAAUGUAAACAAAUCGCUCGACUUCAUCAAAGGGAGAGGCAUCCAGAUGCAUAAUAUCGGCGCCGAGGACAUUGUGGAUGGGAAUAGGAAGAUCAUCUUGGGCUUAAUUUGGAUAUUGAUUCUGCGCUUCACCAUCAGCGACAUCAACGAGGAGGGUCUGAGUGCAAAGGAAGGUUUGCUGCUGUGGUGCCAGCGCAAAACCGCCUGUUAUGACGAAGUGGAAGUGCGCGAUUUCUCUUCAAGUUGGAACGAUGGCUUGGCUUUCUGUGCCCUUCUCGACAUCCACCGCCCCGACCUAAUUGAUUACGAUAGUCUCGACAAAAGCGACCACCGCGGCAACAUGCAACUCGCUUUCGAUAUCGCUUCCAAGGAGAUCGGCAUACCUGACCUUCUAGAUGUAGAAGACGUGUGCGACGUGGCAAGGCCAGACGAGAAGUCUCUCAUGACGUACAUUGCCUACUGGUUCCACGCUUUCUCUCAGAUGGAGCGUGUAGAGAAUGCUGGUCGUCGUGUAGAGAAGUUCGUGCAGAACAUGCAAGGAGCCUGGGAAAUGCAGAACAACUUCGAAAAGCGGAUGCGUCAACUGCUGGAUCAGAUUGCGACACAACGGAAGCAGUGGGAGGAAGCCACAUUUGAUGGAUCGUACACGGAUGCCAAAGACCAGUCGGCCAAGUUCACAGAGUACAAACGCAAAUACAAGAGAGCAUGGGUAGCAGAGCGAUCGGAUCUCGUUGGUCUGCUUGGAAAUAUCAAGACAAAGCUUUCUACGUACCGGCUGCGGCCGUACGAUCCUCCCGCUGAGCUGAGCUUGGAAGCGCUGGACACGGCAUGGGCGGGCCUAAUGAAGGCAGAGCGCGACAGGUCACAAAUCAUUAACGAAACUAUACGAGACAUCAAAAAUGCUCUUCGCAAAUCCUUCGCAGACAAGGCCAACGAUUUUGCUCUCGCUUUGAACACUCUAUCAACCUCUUUAUCAGGCCUCGAAGGCGAAGUGGAAGACCAAUUGGACCAUACUAAGAAAAUCAGCGACAACCUCGCGCCACUUGACCAGUACCUAGACAUCAUUGCUUCGCUCGAUGAUCAAUGUGCGGAAGCUAACAUCGAGGAAAACGACUUCACAACCUACACAUAUGACGAGCUAGAAUACGAACUCGGCCUGGUGCGGUCAUCAGUGUCCAAAAAGCUCGCUUUUCUCGAAAACCAAAUGGUAGCACGCAGCAUGACCAAUCUCACGCCCAUCCAACUGGAAGAAUUCGAAUCCGUAUUCCGACACUUCGACCGCGAUGUAUCCAACUCCCUUCAGGAACUAGAGUUCUCCGCUGCCCUUGCCAGUCUUGGUCUCGUUUACGAUGAAGACGAAAUGCACGACAAGUUCCGCGAAACAAGCGGCGGCCGCGAUUACGUUACCUUUGAGCAGUUCAUCCGCUUCAUGGUGGACGAGACGGAGGAUCAGAACACCGCCGAGCAAGUUUUUGAAUCGUUCAAAGAAGUCGCCGAUGGAAAGCCCUACGUCACUGAACUCGAUCUCCGCCACUCACUCGUCCCAGACGAAAUCAUUGACGACCUCAUCGCCAGCAUGCCAGAGCACAAAGGCCCCGACAUGCAAGAAGAUCGCGACCUCCCCAAAUUUGACUACAUCACCUACAUGCAACGCUACAUGGGCGGUAACGCCUCCGCUGCUGCCGCCGCUGGCGACGAUAGCAAUGGUCUUACGAAUGGACAAUGAUUUUGAAAGAUACCUCCCGUCUUUUUGCAUUUCCAAAGUCGCCUUGUCGUUUGCUGAAUCAUGGUUGUUGAGCGUUCCUCUUCUCUUUGCGCUUCUUGUUGCAUAGCAGAUGACCAGCGUUUCUAUUUCGUAUUCCAUUAAUGUCUUUGUUGGGAUGCUUCGGAAUAGAGAAGGGUGUUCUUGUUCCUGUUUCUUUUUGCUUCCCAGCUUUUUGCAUAAUUGUGGGCUACACCCUCCAUACAUUCAUCUUGGCGUUUUCCGGCUUAUCUUUCUUGGUUUCUGCUUUCACCUCCCGCUCCUUCCACAAGAAACCCCUUGGUCCACAACAUUGGAGAUUAUCCUCUUCAUGCAUUCGCCCGCUAUCUACUUUUCCUUGUUCUAGCGCCUACAUCUUUUCUUCCUUUCUGUGUGCGGAGAUCACUCUGCUGCUGUUGCUGCUGUGGUCAUCGAGUCUCUCAGUCCCCUUCGCAUCGUCUGCGUUAGAGAAUGUUGGUACUUUCUCGUCUCCAUCUCAAGUGCAAGGCGC